AGACACCCCGGCAAGGGCUUGAUUGCUUUUGGAAUCCCCCAUUUGACUCCAAUCAGCCUAAUUUUCAGCACUUCAAGCGGUCAAUCAAUCAAUUCACCGUUUGACGAGUUCAAAGCUACUAUGGAGAGUUUUGUUAUUUCAACCUCUACCAAAUUUGACGCGUUAACAUCAGAAAUUGCGAACCUCAAACAACUAAUACCGCCCGACCAAUGUAUUGCAUCUCUUCAGGCUGAAAUCGUUAACCUGAAGACCGAGAACAACGAUCUUCGCGAAAGAAAUACGAACAUAUCUUAUAUCAUGUCCGAUUUACGCACGAAAAUUAAGGACGUUGAAAAUGAAAAAAGAA